CCAUUCCACCACCAACCACCACUAACACGCCGCAAACCACGCCGUCAGCUUAUCCACCACCGCGUAUACGCGUUCUCUCUUUCUCUCUCUCUGUUUUUCUCUUUCUUUCGGAAUUUGCAUUCUCCGAUCGCCCUACGCACCGAGAAGCUGAAAAGCCGACAGUAUGAUUGCACUCUGGGCUUUUAAUGCAAUGGCAUUCCUCUGCAAUUGGAUGCUCGUGUCUUCCUCAGUCUUGAAGGACGAUAGUAGCCUGAGGAUCUUUAAGGAAUCGCCGAACGAAUUCGAAUAUGUAGUUAGAAAGCCCGAUAUGGAUGAUCGUAAAGAGGAUACCGAAUCUAAGGAGAGGCGUAGCAACAUGGGUUCCUCCUUCAUCAGAUUCGGACGCGGUCAAUCCGCCUUCGAUAAUUCGGCAUUAGAUAACGAAAUCGAUUCAAAGGUCAGCAGGCAUCCACGAUGGAAAUCGCCGGAUGUUGUGAUCAGAUUCGGUCGGUCCGGUUUCAAGACCACAAAUGGUGAACAACCCAAACGCGGGAAGAAUGAUCUUAAUUUCAUCAGGUUUGGUCGCAAUAUACAAAUGGUGCCGGCCGAUCUCGAUAUGUCUGCGGUUUGUUCGGCGUUCAUGUCAAACGGCGCGAUCAGCGAUGCGGGGCUUCAUCCGGACGUGACAAGGCUGUUUCGUUUUUGCAACAACUUGAACAAGAUCACAUCCGGUGGGAUCAGCUUGGAUGCCCUCGAGACCGAUUCGAAUUAUCGCGAAUGAACUGGCGCGCUACUCUCGUCCAACUCGUCCGAGGUCCGAGAUCGUUCUGUGCAGAGUCACUGUGGAUUCGAUAGCGGAUGUCAACGAGGAUCGCAGCAUUCCAGUUUAUUUAAUUGAUUUUGGCCACCGCGACCGAAACGCAAUUUGGCUUUGACAUGACGACCGGAUCGCAUUACUAUCAGUCCGUACCUGUACUUAAGCGAAUUUCAUCGACUAAUUGAACAAACACCAAUUUGUUUGCGAUAUAAAUUCCCGCCAGAAUCUCUGUUACAAAAUUAUGAAGAAACAAUAAGAGAUCCAUCCACAGAUAGUUUGCUUCUGUUCCUUGUGUUCUUUGCCAAUUCAAAUUAAGGACGAUUAUUGGAGAAUUCUAAUCUUUUUUUUCUAUGAUGGAACUUGUCGUUACAUUCUUUUUUCAAGGAACAGAAAUUAAAUUGAUUAAUUUGCAGUAAUUUUUGUACAACUUUGUUACAUUGCUUAUUAACGUUAAUAUCUAAAUUUAUUGUCUAUUUUAUGUUCAUAUUAUGCAUAUUAUACAGCAUAUUAUCGAAUAAAUCCAUUGAUAAAUAAUGAAUAUUCUUUAAUCUCUUCUAGCUGUACGCUAAAAGACUUUUACAAAAUUAUCAAUAAACAAAAUGCAUUCUAUAUGCAAUCAUAUAAUAUAUUAUUCUGAUAUAUUAUUUUUAUAAUACAAUGUUUCACAACAAUGAGAAAUAGCUAUAUAAUUACUUAUUUAUUUAUAAUUCUACCUUGCUUAUAUGUAUUAAUUAUUGGAUUAAUAUACACAUGGUAUUUUCAGCUAAAGGAUUAGCCGGCCAUGCAAGUAUUAAUCUGUUUUAUUUUCAAAAAAAUAACAGAUGAAUAUUUACAGCAAACUGAUAGCGAAUGCAGAGCCGCGAAUGUCAUACCGGGUAUCAGCGCUGUACAUCCACCUCUGCCUCACUAACAUAUUCAAUGUACAUAGAAAUGAUUUUUUGACGAUUCGUCGUUUUGAAACACCGUCGAUGUAAUCGCAUACAAAAGAUUCGUAUUGUAAUCGUGCACACUUUUUCUGUUGUGUCGGCGCGAAUUGCGAAUUCGGUUGAAUGCAGUAGCGCGCACUAGUAUAUGUGACUAAAGGUCGUCUAAAGAUGUCUAAAUUUAAAUCACCAAGUGCAUAGGCAUGGCAUGAAAACAUAGUUGCGCAGAGAAGCAUCAACGGUGAUUUUUUUUUGAAUUUUUGCUGUUACAAAAAAAA